CAUCCUCACUGUGUCUCGCUCACUCCCUCCUCUCCUCUCACACUCCUCUCCUCUCCUCACCCGGGCAGCCUCAUUCCCUUCUACAGGAUGACGGGCCCUCUCAGCAGCGCAGCGUUCCUGAUCGGCAUCUUCGUCUUUCUGAGCGCCAUCCCAGGCUUACCCUGCAAGCCGGUGAACCAAGGCGGUCAACACCACGUCUCUUGGAGCCGCGAUGAUCCGACCGCGGCGCGCCGUUUCCGAAGGGACCUGCGAGACUCCCUGCCCCCCCUCCCCUACGAGGCCGAGAUGAUGAUGAUGGCGUACCCCCCCUCCUCUUCCGACACCCCCAGCGAGGUCUACUACCAGCCGGGGGACGGGGGACGGAGAGGACGAGUCCAGCAGGACGACCAGCGACUGGGUCAGGCUCUGCAGCAGCUGGUGGAGGACGGUCGGAGGAGAGACCAGGAGGCUGUCUAUCUCGCUGGCUUGCUCCGGCUCCUGACCCCCCAGGCAGGGCCCGAUGUCUACCCCGGGGCCCAGCAGAGGCCCCCCAAAGCCGAGGAGGCUGGCUUGGCACCAGGAGUCGAUUUCCAGGGUCCCUUCCCGCCCGAUUAUGACGACACCAGCAUGGUGAAGCCCCAGAGAGGGUGGCUGAACCUCCAGAACCUCCAGAACCUCCAGAACCUGAUGGAUCCCCAGCUUGCCCAGGCGCUGAUGAACCGAUACAGGCAGGAGAAGCUCUAUGAGGCCGGUCUCUCCCCACCGCCAGCCUCCAGACUCGAGCUUCAAGAGGCAGCAGCCGAGGCAGAGGGGGAGGCAGAAAGGGAGGCGGACGAGGAAGUCUUGAGGUACCUGGUGGGGCAGAUCCUGUCCACCGCGGGCAGCGAGGGGGGUCCGCAGCCCCCGGUCCGGCUGUCGGAGAGCCAAUCGGGGCUCAGGCGCUCCCGCCGGUCACUGGACGACGGAGCGAGCAACCCCGAAGAGGAGAACCUGCUGCGGGUCAAGCGAAUUGACGAGGCGGGGAUGAGAGACGCGAUUCAGGGGCUGCAGCGCAUAAAGGGGGUCGAUAUCAAGCCACAGCAACAACAGGCGGGGAAGCAAGCGAGGAAACGCCGCUACGCUGCGUACGACACAGACGAGCUGGCGGAAAGGAUCUUAAAAUAUCUGCCGGAUUAAAAAAUAUAUAUAUAUAUAUUUGAAAAUAUAAGAAAUGAUAAUAAUUAAUAAUCGCAUUUAAAUUAAACUUACUUAUAGGUAAAACCUGUCUAGACACACAUUGUAUAACUGUAUGUCGCUAUGACGUGAAAUUGAAACAGCAAAAUGUGAUCAAUAUUGACCAAACCCCUUCAAAAUACAUUUCAGGUUUAAUAAAAUCAAAUAAAAUAAAUGCUCGACCCAGCGUUGAUAAGAAACGUCGGUCAGUAUCGAAGCGUUAUAAAACGCGGCACUGCCUUUCAAAACAAGCGCCCUGCAAAUUAAAACCCGCGACUCUCAAGAUAAACAAGCCCAAUCCCGUUUAUUAUAAAAGGAUUUGGCAACGGUGGUUAUACUUUUGAAACACGUUGACGAAAUUUUUAAUCGGGCGUCACAGGUCAUACGGUUUUUUUU